UAGCGUGCGCAUUGCAAUCAGUAAAAUUCGUGUUGUAGGCGUACGAUAGUCUCAGAGCUUCGCUGUGUUGUAACCAUGUCUAAGAGGCGUAGUCGCGAAAGCUACGAUGAUCGAGAUCGAUAUGCAAAGCGUCAUCGCUACGAAGAUGACAUUGAGGACCAACUCGAGGCACUCGUAUUUGGAGUUGCCGGCAAGGAUUCGACGUCUCUGGAAACGAAUCUUGAAGAUCUAGCAGGCGUGCUGGCUACUGAUUUAUUGAGUCAUCGUAUCAAGAUAUUAGAUCUUCUUUGUAGAACUGCAACUACAGUGCCAGACAAGACAACUGUGUAUACAACACUCGUUGGGCUGAUGAAUGCAAAGAGCUACAAUUUUGGUGGAACGGUUGUUGAGAAGUUGGUUGCUAACCUGAAGGAAGCUUUGAAAUCGUCUGAUUUUACGAACGCUCGAUAUCUGCUUCGAUUCUUGGCUGAUCUGGUGAAUGCCAAUAGUAUUGUUCCUGCCUCUGUCAUUUCUCUCUUGGAAAGUUUUGUGUCUGUUACGAUGGAGUCGAAUAUCCCACAGGUUCGUUCUGACUGGUACAUCUUUGCUGUCCUUUCAUGCAUACCAUGGGUCGGUGCCAUUUUGACUGAAAAGAAAGGCCUUGAGUUCGACAAGCUACUAGAUACAAUAGAGCAAUACAUAGGGAAAAGAAGUAAAGAUCACGUUGAAGGACUAAGAGUGUGGAGAACAGACGAACCCUUACCUCAAAUCGAUUAUCUCGACUCAUUGUGGGCGCAAAUAAAGAACAUGCAGAAAGAUGACUGGAAGGAGAGAUUUAUUCCUCGUCCAUACGUUGGAUUUGAUAGUGUUUUAAGAGAAGCUCUUCAGCACACGUUGCCGCCUGUUUAUCCUCCUCCACACGAUGAAUCGUUGCUGUAUCCGUUACCGAAAGUUGUUUUUCGUCUCUUUGACAGAUCAGACAUUGCUGAGGGCCCUUCUCUACCCACAGCUGACUCUAUUGAUCGAUAUGUAGUUGAGGAGUAUUUACACAGUACGAUUGAUGUGACACACAAUGAUAGAAAGGCGUGCGCACUGGCUCUUGUAAGCUUUUCUGGAAAGUCAAAACUGCCAUUGAAUUAUAUGCUCGUUGAGGCAAUAUUCAGCGAACUCUUCUGUCUACCAUCGCCUCCUCACCUUGUCGUCAUGUACGGCUCUCUUUUAUUAGAAUUAUGCAAGCUAAACCCAAGUACUCUACCAGUCGUGCUUGCUCAAGCAGUUGUUUUAUUGUUUGAUCGUUUAGAGACGAUGAACACGGUUGUAUUAGAUAGGUUUGCUGUGUGGUUCAGCUAUCAUUUGAGUAAUUUUCAAUAUCGAUGGGCAUGGGAGGAUUGGGAGGUGCAUUUAAGUUUGUCUGACGAUCAUCCUAAACGGAAAUUUUUGUCAGAAGCACUUGAAAUGUGCAUUAGACUUUCAUAUCAGCAGCAUAUAGCGGAAGUCUUGCCCGAAUCGUACUCUUCUUUUCUGCCACCAGACACAAAACCCGUGUUUAAAUAUGGUCGAGAAGUGAAAGAAUCACUUCCCGGAUCAGCCAUCGCUCAACGUUUCCUCACUCAAAUCAACAGCAAGGCAUCACUCGACGAACUACGCAGCACGCUCAGCGAACUCCCAACAGAACCAAGUCAAUCUGGUAGUCUGCCUAUGCCAGUAUCUCUUAGACUAGAAGUCUUUCUCCACAUUGUCUUGUCUGUGGGCAGCAAGUCAUUCAGUCAUGUGUUCAUGGCGUUAGCGAAAUUUAAGAGUCUCUUCAAUGAGUUGGUUGCAUCAGAGGAUGCGCAGCUGCAGUGUCUGGUUGUGCUGUUUGAGUUUUGGCAGAACAGCCCACAGAUACUGACAGUUUUGAUCGAGAAAAUGCACAGAAUGAAGAUCAUCAGCAGUGUGUCCGUAGUCAAAUGGCUAUUCCAUCCAGCAAUAAACAAGCAGUUUACAAAGUGGUACGUAUGGGAUAUCUUGAAUCAAGCAAUGGCAAAGGUCGUUGAGUUGCCGGAUGCAAUAAGCAAAGAAUUACACGAGGCUGAGGAGAAACUGAAGCUUUGCAAGGACGAGCCAGACAAGGCUUCUGCUGAACUACAAGACAAAGCAGUGUCAUUGACAGAAGAUCUAGAGAAAGCAGAAACUGAACGCAAAGAACUAUUUCUGAUCAUAUUUCAACAUUUUAUUAUGGUGCUAACUCAACAUGUCGCCGAGUGUGAGAAGAAAGGUGUAGAUCACCACACUUUGUGGUUUACAUGUACACGUGACAGAAUGCGGCAGCUAUUGUCUAAGUAUUGCAGGAUUGUUGUAACGUACAGAAACACACUAGAGGCGUUGCUCUUUACCAAUGAAGUUGAAUCUGAGGUAGCGAAGGUAUAUCAUCAGUUUUAUGCUCUAGUUGCAUAGAGCCUCGUCGUGACAGUGUUGUUGAUUUCAAUAUUUUGACAUUGAAUUUACGUUCUUGCUAUUGAUUAUGUUGGUGCUUUGUGAGGACUGAACAGCAAAUUUGUUGCAUCUGGAUGUGUAGAGUUGGUUAUAGGAAAUGUUGAGGAAUUUGUAAUGAAUGCAGUUGUGUUGCAAUUUCA